AUGGCUGACGGAGUAACGUUUCCCUUCUUGCGGCAAGUCGGCUCACUUUGGACCUCAGAGGAGGAUCUGGUGCUCUUGCGACACGUGGCAGUGCACGGGACCAAGUAUUGGGGCUUUCUUCAAGCGUCGGGGACGCUGCCGCAUCGGGACCAGAAGGCGUGUUGCAACCGCUUCAUUCUGCUAAAGAAGCGUCACUUUCUAGAGAGGGGCAAGAGAGGUCAGAACAAGGCACUUUCGUCUCGGGAUGACCGCGCCAUUGCCUCGUCGGUCUUACAACUUCCGCGCGACUCGCUGUCCUCCCUCGCAAACGACUCCCAAUCUGCGCGAUCUUCGCGAGACCCGUCGCGAAAUUUGUCGCACACGGCGGCUACCACGGUGACUCCUUCAGCGAUAGGGUCUGCGACGACGACGGCGACGGCGACGGCGACGGCGGGAGGCGCUGCGAAUCGAGAGUCACAGGCGAGCGCGUGCAGGACGGAUUCGGCGGCGCGGAGCAGCCAGCGACUGAUGACGUGGGCCGCCACGGCGGGGCGGAAACUCCAAGGCGAGCUCAAGCGCUGCCGCGACGAGAGCGCAGCCGCUGCCUCCGCUGCCGCCGCCGCCUCCGCCGCCGCCGCUAGCAGUGCAGGCGCUCGGACGCAGAUGAUGGCCGACGAAUGCGUGAAUCCCGCCGCGCAACGUUUUCUUCCAGGGGGACACGUCGAGGCGAAUUGCGGCGGCCAGCUCGAUUCCCCGUGGAUCCGGAGUGUCAAACCGCGCGUCGAUGCCGCAAGCAACGUGCAAGCCUUCCCCGCAUCCCUUCCUAGCGCCGCUGCCGCCGCCGCCGCCGUCGCUGCGAGCGCGGACCUAGACCUCGCCGUUCGCCUAUUCCCAUCAAUUCGGGCGUUCUUGGGUGCGGGUUCGCGGCCCGUUUUUGGCGGGCCGGAAGGUACCGCCGAUACGGUGGCUGCAGCGUCGUCGUCGUCGGUGGCGGCGGCGGCAGCCGCGGCGGCAGCUGCGUCAAUCGCGUCCGCCCCCGUGGCGUUUGCGGCUGGCUCUCCCUCCGCGUUCUUUGCGGAUGCGCGCGAAGCGCGCGUCCCGUCCUCGCCGUCCACUUGUCCUCCGCAAGCAGCUGCCGCGGAUGCGACCGCGUCGGUUUCCCUGAGCGCAUUCGCGCAGGCGCAGCGCCCGCCCGCUCAUCUCGCAGCAUCUCCCUUCCCCGCCUCCUCCGCCAUCCUCCGCCACCUCCUUAGUUCCCCCGCACAAUCCUCCGCGGCGCUCUCAUCCUCCUCCCCCAGUCGCGCAACCCCCGCUGCCUCCGCGUUCGCGGCCGCCGCGGCGAGCCACAGACCGGGAUUCGCGGUGCCUGUCGCGUCGCCGUGCGCGUCGUCAGCGUCGCCGUCGAUAGCGCCGACGUCCUUCUCGCUGUCGCACUCGGUGGCGUCCGCGGGAUUAACAGGCCCGACGCGCAGUGGCGCGCAGGGGAAGAAGUGGGGGGGGUAUUCCGCGAGCGGGGAGGUGGACAGGGACGAGGCGUGCAUGGCGCAGUGUGUGCCGGGGGAGCGCGCGUCUGGGUGGCACAUGCAGGAGCAAGUAGUGCCAAGGAGCACUCUCUCUCGCUCCAGACUCGCGCACUCGCCUAUGGAUCGCAAUGCUGCUGAUGCUUUCGCUGCUGCGGCCGUCACCAACAACACUGCUGCUGCCACUGCUGCUGUUCCUGGUGGUGGUGCUGCUGCGAGUAGUGCUGCUGCUCCUUGUCCUAGAGCUGCUGCCCUGGCGUCUGUCCUGAGGUCUCGGCUGCCCGGUUGCUCGCCAGUGCCGUUUGCACCAACACAUGCUUAUUCGGCAGCAUCAGCAUCUGCUGCUCUAGCCGGUGGUGCUCGCUUCGCUGCUGCACCUUCCGCAAUCCCUGCUCCUGCUGGUGCUGCCGGUUCUGCCGGUUCUGCCAGUGCUGCCGGCGGUGGCAGCGUUGGUGGUGGUGGUGGUGCUUCUGCUGCACCUGGCGCCAUGGCGUCAGCGCGGACAAAGCAAAAUGAGCACAAUCCAACGCGCAUGCUCCCGCCAACCAAGCCAGUUGCAAGUGCCAAGGUGGGCGAGGCAGGGCGUGGAGGCGGGGCGCUGGCAGAGAGAAGCAAGGAGGAAGGGGUGUUUGGGUGGAUGUAUGGAGGCGGGGGCGGGCCAGAGCACCUGCAGGCUCUGCUGGGAUCCAUGGCAAGGAGGGUGAACGAAGAGCAUGGGCAAGGGGUGGAAGCGAAAGAUGAGUCCCUAGCGGGAAUCAUUUUGCCUGAUCCGGGACUGGCUGCACAUGAUACGGACGGUUCUGGAGGCGGAGAUGGUGGAGCAGCAGCGAAAUAUGGAGCUGCUGCUGCAGCUGCAUCAGUGGGAGCAGGGACGAACGUUGCCGUGUCGGGGGAAGGGCAGGGGGGUUCUGAUGUGCUUCUUGAUGCGAUGUUGGAUGGGCUCUGCGACCUUCUGGUUCCUGACUGGCAACCGUCUGCCUCUGCUGCUCUCCCUCCUCCCGUUUCUGGUUCCUCAGAUGCUGCUGCUGCUGAUACCCCUGCCGCCGCACCUGCGGAGACUGCAGCGGCUGUGGGGUCGUGUGAGGUGCAGGCAGAGUAUGAGCAGCUGCAGUCUGUGGCAGCGCUGUUUGAGCAGCACCAGCAAGGGCAGCAGCCGCAGGAGGAGGUGCCGUCAGUGGCAUGGGAGCAUGGGUCCCAGAUGCUUCAGAAGGAGCGUGAUUGGAUGCUGAGUGCAGAUGCAUUUAAGCACACGCUGAUGGAUCAUUCGGAUUCGUAUCUGUUGAUGCAAUCCCCACCUCCAUCCGUGUCAGCCCUCUUGACAGUCCCAGAAAGACCCAGCCUUGCCUCUCGGAGGGUGCCUCAGUUCCUCCCAGGCACUGUUGACCAUAGCUGUGUUGUUCCCAGGUCGCUUCCUUCCACCGCCUCAAAUGCGGAGGUUGGGAAGGUGGUGGGUGGAGAUUUCUUUGGAAAGGAUUUCUACGCCCGACCUGAUAUGGUUCUUGAGAGCAUGGCGGCUGCUCGCACUCAUCAUUUCAGUCCCUUAAUCUCCUCGAAUCGCCACCCGAGCACCAUGACUGUGAAGCGAAGGAACGGAGGUCGCAACAAGCACGGGCGCGGGCAUGUGAAGCCCAUCCGCUGCUCCAACUGCGCCAAGUGCUGCCCCAAGGACAAGGCGGUGAAGCGGUUUUUAGUGAGGAACAUUGUGGAGCAGGCAGCAGUCAGGGACGUGCAGGAGGCAUGCGUCUAUGAUGGAUACGCGCUGCCGAAGCUGUACGCCAAGGUGCAGUACUGCAUCUCGUGCGCCAUCCACUCGCACGUCGUCAGGGUGCGCUCGCGCCAGGCUAGGCGCAUCCGCGAGCCGCCCAAGAGGCCCGGGCGCAAGAUGGACGACCGUGGCAAGCCUGGUGCCCCUGGCGCGCCUGGUGCUCGCCCGGGUGCCCCCGGUGCCCCUGGUGCUGCUGCAGCUGCGCCCAGAACCUGA